UUUGUGUUGUGAUUCCGAACCCUAAUAGGUUGUUGUGAAAUUGAUUAUUUUCACAAGGCAUUAAAUAUUAAGACAGGACAAGGAUAUUCCAAUCAUUUAAUUAAUUAUACAUUUACAGUUAAAGCAUACAUUUGUUCCAUAUUUGCUAAAUUUCUGUUUAUUAAAUAUUUUGUGAUUCCUUACUAAAGCAAAUACAUCUAAAUAUGGGUUUUUACCAGUCCUUUUUUGCAAUCAUCUUGUUAACUAUUGUUACAAUUGCCUACCCUGUUCAAUCCCAAACUGAUUCAGAAAUAUCAAAAUUAGAAAAAUACUUAUAUGAUAGAUGCCAGAAUGGAAAACCUGGUGAUUUUGAAAAGUUACGCACAGACGUAUAUGAAAUGUAUGAAUAUAUGAAAAAGGUAUCACAAUUAUUGCCGAAUGAGCGCGAAUAUUUCUGCAAAACUGAGAGGCCGAAUUUAGCUUACAGAGCUGAGCAAAUUGGAAAAGAUUUUAACAGUUGCAUGCCUAAGGAAGAGAAAUUUUUUGGUCAGUUUUUUAGGGACAGUUUUAAUGGUUAUUUGCACUUUUUGUGUCAUAACCAUGGAGAAUAUUCCAGAAGAUUUUUCAGUCAAGAAAAUACCCAAUGUAGGCAAACAAUUGCUCAAUCAAACAGCAAUGAUUUGGAAAAUUGUAUGAAUAGAAUAUUUCCUCCAUCGAAAGGUCACAUUAAGAAAGCAGAACUUUGCGACGAUGUGACAGUGCUUCGAAAAUGCUUCUCUCAACUCUUACAAGUAUAUUGUCCAAACACCAGUGAUUUGAAAAGAUUAAAUGAAAUAUUCUUUGACAAUAUUGAAAGACCAUGCAACGGUGCUUUAACUGCAUUUAUUAAUAAAACAGCCUUUUUUGGAUUAGUAUUUUUUACUCUAGUUUUUAAUUUAGUCAGGUUUUAAAAUGUCGUAUAUUAUUGGUAUUAAACUCAAAACUUAAAAGAGAAAAAAAACAAUUUGUUACCACAUUUUAUGACGGAUUUAUACUUUAUUACAAUCCAGCCAUUUAAACACAUUUAAUUAAAUUUUUGUGUCAAAAAAUCCAUAUUAGGUAAAACAUAUUUUUUGGUCGAGUAUACCACUUUAAAUAUUUAGAUAAUGAUAUUUCUGACAUUAUAUACAUAGACUAAAGGUCUAAUUAUUAUUAUAAGAGACUAUAUUCUUUUGAAAUCUGUAUUUUGUUUUAGUGUGAACGUUUUUUAUAGCAUAUCCUAUUAUAUUGUA